AUGGCGGUACAUCGCGACGAAUACCGUCAGUGGCCAUUUCUCACGGAGGAAGAGUUUGAACUUGCCUGUGCGUAUCUUGAUCGAAGAUAUAUCAGAGCAGAAUUAGGUCCCGCAAGGAAGAAUCUCAAGUUACGCAUGGGACGGACUGCAACCACUGGGUCAUGCUUUAUUGAAAUUAUUCGAUUACUUCAACCACCGAAGGAUGAUGAUGAUCUAUUACUUGCCCUUAGCAAUUUGAGUAGUGGUCACGCUCCAAAUCCUACUCCCAGCCCAGAGGUGGAUAUGAUGGAUGAAGAUGAGGACGAUGUUAGUGACUCUCUUCGUUCAUGUUGA